CAGCGUGGUCGUUCGUUCGCGACACGCCACACGCGACGAUUAGUCUUCAAGGAUGGCAGCUGCAAUGUGACUAGCGCUAACGUCACGCAGCGGAAGAAGAAAUAUUUGGUGGAUAUUUUCACAACGUGCGUCGAUAUGAGAUGGAGGUACUUGCUGGCUCUGUUCGCUGGGACUUUCCUGGUCAGCUGGUUCUGUUUCGCACUCUGCUGGUACGUGAUUGCCAUCGUUCACGGCGACCACUUGCUGCCCAGGCAUGCAAAUGACGAGCAAAAAAAUGAUUGUGAGCCUUGCGUUAGCAACGUUUACGAUUUCGUCAGUGCGUUGUUGUUUUCAAUUGAAACACAACACACAAUAGGAUACGGUUAUAGGGUAGUGGAGCCAACAUGCCCACAGGCCAUCAUUCUCUUAAUGGUCCAAUCAUGUCUGGGCGUUUUUGUCCAGUCCCUAAUGACCGGACUGAUCUUCGUAAAACUUUCUCAACCCAAGAAAAGAGCCCAUACGAUUAUGUUUAGCAGGAAGGCAGUCAUCACGAAAAGGGAUGGGGUGUACUGUCUGCUGUUCCGUGUGGGGGAUAUGAGGAGGUCACAUUUUGUCGGGACUUCCAUAAGGGCCCUACUUGUCAAGGAUCGAGUUACUCGGGAAGGCGAAUGCAUUCCGUUAUGUCAGUUUCCUCUGGACGUGAAGACUGAAACAUCGGCCGGAGAUGCCUUCGUCUUCAUGGUCUGGCCCGUGGUUGUGGUACACAAGAUCGAUCCCUCCAGUCCCUUGUGGGAGUUGUCCGCCUCCCAAUUGUUGCAGGAAAAAUUUGAAAUCAUCGUAAUCAUGGAAGGUGUAGUAGAAUCAACAGGCAUGACGGCCCAGGUGCGCACCUCAUACCUCCCUUCAGAAAUUCUGUGGGGGCACUGUCUGGCACCCCUCCUAACCUACCAGAAAGAAAAUGGCCAAUACAAAAUUGACUAUGCCCAAUUUCACGCCAUUCUGCCCGUCCAAGAUAUGCCUGAAUGCAGUGCCAAAGUCUAUUUAAAUCUCAAAGAGAAGUUGCCUGUCGGACAGGUUUUUGUUGUUAACUUUGAGUGUGCGUGUAUGUGUUGUGUGUGUGUGUGUGUGCGUGUGUGUGUGUGUGCUUGUGUGUGUGUGUAUGUGUUAAUAGUUUAUUGA